UUCUGAUACCGCAUUUUCCAUAACACUGAACAGAGAAGAUCCUCUCACAGAAGAUGAGAAGACCUUAGCUUCCUAUGGGAUUGUUUCUGGUGAUUUGAUAUGCUUAUUACUAGAAAAAGCAGAUGGACAACCCAACCUACCUCUUCCUCCCCCUACUCCUCCCUCACUUGAGAAUGGUCAUGAACCGUCCACCUUGAUCCCCAAUGAAAGUCAGGCUAAGAGUCCAAAAGAAGAAGGGCAGAACGAGCAGUCUGACAACCAGAAAGCUCAGGUGGAAGCUCAAAAGAGUAAUGAGAAUGCAGGAUCCAGCCUAGAGUUUCCUUCUGGAUUAGUCCCAGAAGAUGUUGACCUGGAGGAGGGUACAGGGUCCUAUCCUUCCGAACCGAUGCUGUGCAGUGAAGCUGCUGAUGGUGAAAUACCACAUUCCUUGGAGAUGCUCUACCUUUCUGCUGAGUGUACCAGUGCCACUGAUGCCUUGAUCGUUCUAGUACAUCUUCUCAUGAUGGAGACAGGCUAUGUACCUCUGGGGACGGAAGCCAAGGCAGUGUCUAUGCCAGAGAAAUGGAGAGGGAAUGGUGUUUAUAAGCUACAGUACACACAUCCCCUUUGCGAACAAGGUACUGCUGGCUUGACUUGUGUGCCUUUGGGAGAGCUUGUUGCCAUAAAUGCAACAUUAAAAAUCAACAAAGAGAUUAAAGGUGUUAAGAGAAUACAGCUAUUGCCAGCAUCCUUUGUUUGCUUUCAGGAGCCAG